CUCUCUUUCUUUAUGUAUACAAACACUAAGCCGUCAACUCAUACUUGAGUAGUUGAAAAUAACACUCUUAAACACAACACUCCUCUUAUUUUCAACAUAAAAAAGAGAGAAUAUUGAGAGAUAAAGAAAAACCAUUCUGCCCUAAAGGCUCAAAAUUCAGAAAAACCAAACAAAUUUUGUACAUUUGGUUAUUUCUUCUUUAUGUGGGUGUUUUUUCCCAACUGGCCAUGUCAUUUUCCGGCAGAAAUAUUAGAACCCAAAAAACCAUGUAUUAUUCUUCUUCUCUUGUGUUUCUUCUGCUCGUGAUUAUCUCGGUUUUGGUUCAUAGCGGACAAUUUUUCGUUGGGGCAAUACGGAUAUUUCCUGAAAAUACAGUGGCAGAAGUAGAGCAAAAUUCCAACAACAACAAGAAUCAAACGGAGCUAUUUCAAAAGUAUUUCUCUGAUCUCAACAACAGUACGAGAAAUGGAAAUGGGACUUUAUUACAAGACAGCAAAAGAAGGGUACCAAGUUGUCCAGAUCCUCUUCAUAACAAGGACGUCUGCCCUUCUUUCUAUUUUGAGACGACCACAUGUUCCACCAAUCCUGCUCUAUCCAGUUUGAGGUCAUCUGAACCUGAUACCCUGCUUCAGAUUCCACUCUACUCCUACAUCAAAUCCAUCCUCCUCCAUAGUUCACGUUCAUAGAGGGAGACUUCCCAUACGAAGACUCCGGGUCACAGAAACGUCGGUAAAACUUAUUUUAUUUUUAAGAUUAUAAAUCUCAUAUUUUAAGAAGGUUUUAUUUACAAAAUAUUCU